AUGUAUCCUCAACCAGGUGCUUCAAUCCCCAUGGCACCACCACAAAAGCCUGAAACCUUUAUGCUCUCGACCGAAGCACAGCGAAGCCUACCUCACGACGCGCAAGUUGCUCUUCAGCAAGUGGAUAAUCUGAAAUACUUCCUUCUGUCAGCUCCCGUUGACUGGCAACCCGAUCAACUUAUUCGACGCUUUUUGCUUCCCACAGGCGACUAUGUCUCUUGUGUUUACUGGAGUGGCCUUUUCCACAUCUCCGGUACCGAUAUUGUCCGAUGUCUCGCGUUUCGAUUCCAAGCCUUUGGACGACCAGUGAAGAACUCAAAAAAGUUUGAGGAGGGCAUUUUCUCGGAUCUACGAAAUCUCAAGGCCGGUGUAGAUGCGGUCCUGGAGGAUCCAAAGAGCCCAUUCCUGGACUUCUUGUACAAGAACAACUGUAUUCGCACCCAAAAGAAACAAAAGGUGUUUUACUGGUACGGCGUGCCCCACGACCGGCUAUUCCUCGAUGCACUGGAACGGGACUUGAAGCGCGAGAAGAUGAACCAGGAGGCCACCACGGUCGCAGUCAGCGAACCGGCCAUGUCCUUUGAAUUCGACUCGUCCCAGUCUCUGUACGAGCAAUUGACCAAGUCGCAACAAGUGAAUCUGAACUCAUUCGCUGCCCACGCAAGUACGACAUAUGGCCAGCCCAACUCCCCCGUGGACGACUCCGGGAAUCAGAUGUACAGCCACCCCCAGAUGCCCCUUUCGAACAAUCUAGUCCAGAGCAUCAUUAAACGCGAGCAGGACUAUGGCCCCAUUCAGUACGAUCGCCACGGAAUGCCCAUUCCCCGCCCCCAUCAGCGCCAUUCGUCCAUGCCGACCUUCUAUGAGUACUCUCCUGCGCCAUCAUUUGUAUCUUCACAAUAUGAGGAUUACAGCAAUCGCGACCUGUCCUUUGAACCAGUCACCCCGCCGCAGCAUUCGGUCGGCCUCGGAGCGGAACCAGCUUACAUCGCCAACGAAGACACUGGACUUUACACAGCAAUUCCGGACAUUUCCAGUGGGCCCGCCUAUCACCCUAUGAUGCAGCUGCCUCCUUCGAAUCUGUCCAGUUCUCACUAUCAGCCUGCGCCCCGGUCCUUCUCGGCAAACCCGUAUCCUGUUAUGGAGGGCUCCCCGACAUACAAGCAGCGCAGACGUAGGUCAUCUAUCCCGCCCAACACCGGUGCUGUUGCACCCAGUGGCGCCACUCAUGUCCAAUCAACAACCCCGGGAGUUCAGUCAGUCUCGUACGCUGCCCACAGACCAAGUGAUCUGCGGCGUUCGGUUUCUAGCUCGGUUGCUCCAGUCGCAGAAGGGGAUGAGCCCACCCAGGAACAUAUCGCUCGUACCUACCCAAGUGCGAUGUUGCCACAAAAGGAUAUUCUUCAUGAUAUGUCCCGUCAUGGCACGCCUCUGCAGAGCAUGGACCACCGCACCGCACAACAUCCAGGCUCAAUGGCAAACCAAUCUGAUGAUCUGACAUCUCUGCCAAGCAACAGUGCCGUCGAGUCUACGGUUCAAAACAUUCAUGGCCGGUCGGAGCGUUCGGCGCCUGGUCCUACUCGGAGAGCUAGGAGUGCAACCAUGAUGGAGUUGGGACCGUAUCCAACCAAGGCCCAUUCUUGCCCCAUCCCAUCAUGCGGUAGAACCUUCAAGAGAUUAGAGCACCUCAAAAGACACGUGAGAACACACACACAAGAGCGUCCAUACCCCUGCCCCUAUUGCAGCAAAGCUUUCUCCAGGUCCGAUAAUCUUGCGCAGCAUCGUCGGAUCCACGAAGCGCAGCAGGAUGGUCAGACUAUUAUUCCAACUGACGAAGACCUGGAGAAUGAGACACAUGAAUUCGGUUCCCCCAGGGAAGAGAUGUCCCCACCGGAGCCCGCUCACACAAUGAUUAGCAUGCCCAACAUGACGUCGAUGGCAGCUCCUUUGAGCAUGCCGUCCGCCCUGACCGGCAUGCCUAGUUCGCACAUGAUCGCUCCGCAACUUCUCCAACAACACAUGUGA